AUGCAUCGUUACGCUGGAGUUGAAGUUGGUGGAACAACAUGGGUGGCGGCCAUCGCUGAAGAUCAUCCGGAAAACAUUUUGGAGAAAUUUGAAGUGGAUACGACGACGCCUGAUGAGACGAUUGGCGCCGUGGUGGACUGGCUGAAGGAGCGCAAAUUCGACUCAAUUGGCAUUGCAUCAUUCGGCCCCGUCGACCUUAAUAAGAAAUCGCCAACGUACGGCUAUAUCACAAGCACACCUAAGCCCAAAUGGGGCAACACAGACGUGGUGGGUGCGUUCAAACGUGCGUUUCCCGACGUCCCCAUCGGCUUUGAUACGGACGUGAACGCCCCUGCACUUUACGAGGUGGCGUACGGUGGGCACGGCGACAUCAGCAGUGCCGUAUACAUCACAGUGGGUACUGGUGUUGGCGUUGGUGUGUGCACAAACGGAAAUGCCAUUCAUGGCUUCAUGCAUCCCGAAGGAGGCCACAUUGUUGUACCACCUGCCCCGCAGGACGUAAAGAAUGGCUUCAAGGGUGUGUGUCCUUUCCACGGUGAUUGUAUUGAGGGCAUGGUGGCUGCGGGGUCCAUUGCUGAGCGUACGGGCGUAGAUAGGCGAGACUUGGCCAAUAUAACGGACGAUGACCCGGUAUGGGAUACGAUUGCCCACUAUCUAGCCAAUCUAUGUGUCAACGUGACGUUCAUUACGUCUCCGGAUGUGAUUGUAAUUGGUGGUGGCAUUGCUCGUCGUCAAAAGCUAUUCGAGCUCAUUCGUGAGAAGUUUGUGGCCCGAGUAAAUAAGUACGGCCAGCAGCCACCGAUUGAAAAAUGUGUUAAGAAAAAAAUGGAUUAUUUACCACAUCGCUUAAUGUGUUUUUCAGUCCUGUGCCACUCUCAUGACAUGUAUCGCUCUAGCGUCAUCUUUGGCAACUGUUGCAUGGAAUGUUUUACCAAAACACCGGAUACAAUUUGUUAA